UGGCGGCAUCUGUGACGACUUGUUUGAAUUGAAACGGAGAAAAAUAAUUCAUAUGGUGUUUAUAUAAGUUAUAUUUGUGAUUGAUAAUCUAUAUUAUAUGAUCGAAUAUAUUUAUUACAAUUAUUUUUCUACGUAGUAUAAGCUUGUUUUGCUCAAUUUUGUGAAUGACGUAUUACACUUCGGAAUUACGAUAAGAAUAUGUAACGUGUUUUUUGGAAUAUGUUUAUAAAUUAUAGUUAUUAAUAAUAUAAGUAUAUGAUAUUUGCAUAGUGAAAAUGACAGAAAACACAGAAUCUGUGAUAUAUCUUGUCCUUGUAGCAUUUUUAUGGGGUGUAACUAAUCCAUUAAUAAAGAAAGGUGCAAGUGGUUUAGAAAAUAUAAAAGCAAAAACAAGCUGUGGUCAAUUUUUUAAGGAACUUUAUUUUCUUUUUACCAAUGCAAAGUACAUGACACCAUUCUUGUUCAAUCAAAUUGGAUCUUUGCUGUAUUACUUGGCCUUGCAAGGUGCAGAUAUAUCUUUGGCAGUUCCAGUUUCUAAUUCUCUUACCUUCGUGAUUACCGCUGUGACAGGUUGGAUCUUAGGAGAGAAGAGAGCGGAGAGAAACACAUAUAUUGGAAUGAUAUUGAUAUUGAUGGGAACUACUUUAUGUUGUUGGGAUAAAUUAUAUACAUUAGAAUAAUUUUCUUUAGAUGUUAUGUUGUAAAAUAAUGGAUGAUAUGUUUUAGAGAAUAUUGCUUUAACCGGUGGAUCAGAGAGAUAACAAACAGAUCUGUUUCUCUAUUUUUUUACGAACAAAGCUUAUUAGUUAGUAAACAUUUAUGAUAUACACAAUAUUAUAUGAGAGCCAAAAUAUAAUAUAUACAUAUAUACGUAUAAUAUAUUAUUAUCAUACUGUUGUAAUUUAUAAAACACUCCUUAGUUUGUGAUAUCGUUUUGAAAUUCUUUGAAAUUAUGAUCGUUUAUUUCAAAUUGUUAUUCAUGUUACAAAAUAUAACUUGUCGCCAGAGUCCAAUGUCUCCGUACAUUUAAUAUUAUUUUUCUUACACUUGUGUGAAGGACUAAUAACUAUGUUAAUGGACAAUACAAAUUUAUCAGUAAACCAAUACAGACCAUCCAUAUAUCCAUGAUAUUUACAUGCAAUCCUUAAUGAUUCAUAUGUACAUACACAUAUAAUUAGCACCAAAUGGAAAUGAAACUUAUGGUGCAGAUGACUAUUUUUGUCACUGAGUAAAUCGAUCCUUUCAACAAUAUAACGGCGUAUCACAGUACAACAGAAAAUUGUUCUAUGCUUAUCAUUUACUCUGUUGUCACAGUCAGUGUCGAGAUGAAGUAAUAUAAGCAAAGAUUCUCUCGCGUAACAAACUAUUUUCCCAGAUGAAAAUCGUAGCCGUUGAUGAUCGUGAUCAUUUAGUGACAAAUGGAUGUUCGUAUAGGAAAGAUCUCGAGAUUAAAGUAUAACAAUAGCAAACAAUAAAGGAUUAAUAUUACAAGUAUAUACAUAAAAAAGCAGAAGAAGAGAGAAGAAGAAGAA